AUGUCCCGUACUAUUACUUUUGAUAUUCCUACUUAUUACCAGUUGGUAGAUCUUAUUGGUGAAGGUGCAUACGGGAUUGUAUGCUCUGCUGUCCAUAAGCCUUCUAAGACCAAAGUGGCAAUCAAGAAAAUACAGCCGUUCAGUAAGAAACUGUUCAUUACCAGGACGUUACGUGAAUUGAAGUUAAUGAGAUAUUUCAAUAACCAUGAAAAUAUUAUUAGCGUCUUAGAUAAAGUUAAACCAGUGAGUUUUGAUAAAUUGAAUGCAGUUUAUAUUGUGCAAGAGUUAAUGGAAACUGAUUUACAUAAAGUUGUAACGAAUAACAAUCUGAAAAAUACUUCAUUAAGUGAUGAUCAUAUCCAGUAUUUCAUAUAUCAGAUAUUACGUGCUUUAAAAUCUAUUCAUAGUGCACAGGUAAUACACAGAGAUUUGAAACCUUCAAAUAUACUAUUAAACUCCAAUUGUGAUUUGAAAAUUUGUGAUUUUGGAUUAUCUAGGUGUUUGGCAAGUAGUAACAAUUCAAAAGCAACCUUAGUUGGGUUCAUGACAGAAUAUGUAGCAACAAGAUGGUAUCGUGCUCCAGAAAUCAUGCUAACUUUCCAAGAAUAUACCACUGCAAUGGAUAUAUGGUCAUGUGGUUGUAUACUAGCAGAAAUGGUUUCGGGGAAGCCUUUGUUUCCCGGAAGAGACUACCAUCAUCAACUUUGGUUGAUAUUGGAUGUCCUAGGGACACAAUCAUAUGAAGAUUUUGUACAGAUAAAAUCAAAACGGGCGAAAGAAUAUAUAUCAAGCUUACCAUAUAGCAACAAAAUGUCAUGGGAUAAAAUUUUGGGGAAAGAUAUGGAUUCAUUAAAUCCACAAAUGUUAGAUCUUCUGGAUAAGAUGUUAACGUUCAACCCAAACAAAAGAAUAUCUGCAGAGGAAGCAUUAGAACAUCCAUAUAUGGCAACUUACCAUGAUCCAAAUGAUGAACCAACAUACGAACCAUUGAAUCAAGAGAAUGAUUCGUUUUGGAAAUUGGACAAUGACAUGAAAAAUGUAUCUUAUGAAGAUGAAAAUGAAGAGUUAUCAAUGGAAUCAUUGAAACAAAUGCUAUAUGCAGAACUUCUCACUCCACUAGAUUGA